CGCUCAAUGCGGACUCACGCGUGCUUCCUUGCUUCAUCGCAACAAGCUUUGUCAUACGUGAAGCAGUAGGUCAACGCGCAGCAUUAGAACACGGCAUUUGCCCGACGACUGCCGGAGUAGCCGGGACUUUUCCUGUUUGACGGGCUUCCUUAGCCAUGACCUCUCUGCUCAAGCAGGUCGCCCUGCCGGUCUUUAACAGCCUGGCGACGACCUACCGGUCCGUCGUUGGUGCUAAGCUGGCCAAGUAUGGCCUGCGCUUCGACGACCUCCAGGACCCCCUGAAGGACGAGGACGUGGCGGAGGCCCUGCGCCGCCUGCCUCCCGAUGUGGUUGUGGCCCGCAACUGCCGCCUGCGCCGCGCACUGGACCUGUCUUGCAAGCACGAGGCCCUGCCGAAGGACCUCCUUGAAAAGCAGACGCCCGAGCUUUCCUACCUGCAGGAUGUCCUUAACGAGGUGCGCGCCGAGCGCCGCGAGCGCGCGCAGCUGGGCGCCCCCGCCCCCUACACCCGCAUUUACUACGAUUGAGCGGAGAGGCUUGUGGAGAAGGCGAGCGGCUCUGGAGCUUAUGGAGCUACAGGGGUCACGGCUUAUGUGUUAUAGGUGAAGGUUAGAGAUAUGGUGGCGCAGGGAACAGGUAGCUGUUGAUUGAGGAGGCCAAGGAGAGGCAUGCCACGUGUGGCAUCCGGGGAGAGUUCUGACGGGAGGCACCACAUGCCCCCGCGUAGGUAGAUGACAUCAGGUUGCGUGGGGUACGGGAUGAAGAGGCAUCUGUGCUGGCUUAAGCGUGCAGCGUGGCUGCUCUGGCGUACCGAGUGGUCGUGUUGAGUGUAAGAACGUACGUCGGUCGUUGCUGUUUCAUCACCGUUUGGCACCCUGUUAUGCGGCAGCAGGAGCAGGGCGGGCUAAAUAGGGCUAACAUUAGCAGGAGUUUGAGGUACUGGUAAUGCCAAGGAGCCUGCAGCCUAUGGGUGGGCAGGAUUUGGGUGACAGGCGGAAUUCAUCGGAACCGCUCAUGGCGCGCCAAGCAGCGUGGCCACGUUUGUGAGGAACUUCUGUAGCGCUGAGUGUGAGGAGGAGAUUCGGACCUCAGUAUCACGGAACAUCGAACGCGAGGGACGCCAUUAAGGGUUUCGG